AUGGCUUCAAAUAAUUCAUACCGCAUUGCAUCUAUCCCAGGCGAUGGCAUUGGUGUUGAGGUAGUCAGCGCUACUAUCCAGGUCAUUGAGAAACUUGCGAAGACCCUUGGCACAUUCAAUAUCAACUUUGAGCAUAUCCCAUGGGGAACCGCGUACUACAAGCAAACUGGACGAUACGUGUCUGAAGAUUACCUCGACACUCUACGCCAGUACGAUGCUAUACUAUUCGGUGCCGUUGGAGCACCCGCAAUAUUAACGCCAACAGAUGUACCCGAUCACAUCUCACUCUGGGGCCUACUCCUCGCCCUCCGCGGCCCACUCCAACUAUACGCCAACGUCCGCCCAGUCCGAACCUUCCCAGGAACCAAAUGCCCCCUCAACACGGCAACAAACGGCAUCGACUGGAUGCUCGUACGCGAGAACUCCGAAGGCGAGUACGCAGGCCAAGGCGGCCGCUCUCAUGUCGGACAGCAAUGGGAAGCCGCGACAGAAGUAGCUUUAUUCACGCGAGUGGGUAUUGAGCGGAUUAUGCGCUUCGCAUUUGAGACAGCGCAGUCGCGGCCGCGUAAGUUCCUAACCGUCGUGACGAAAAGCAAUUCCAUGCGCAAUGGAAUGGUGUUGUGGGAUGAGAUUGCUGCUCUUGUCGCGAAGGACUUCCCCGAUGUUAGCUGGGAUAAGAUGCUUGUUGAUGCCAUGACUGUUCGGAUGGUUAUGAAGCCGGAGUCGAUUGAUACGAUUGUCGGGACGAACUUGCAUAUGGAUAUUUUGUCGGAUCUUGCUGCUGCGUUGGCUGGAUCGAUUGGUGUUGCACCUUCUAGUAAUUUGGAUCCUACGCGCAAGAGUCCGUCAAUUUUUGAGCCUGUUCAUGGGAGUGCCUUUGAUAUUACGGGCAAGGGGGUUGCGAAUCCAGUUGCUACUUUUUGGUCGGCGGCGGAGAUGUUGAUUUGGAUUGGGGAGAAGGAUGCUGCUGCUCAGUUGAUGGGUUGUGUGGAACGGGUUUGUGCUAAGGGGAUUUUGACUCCUGAUCUUGGGGGCACAUCUGACACUCAGGGUGUUGUGGAUGCUGUUUGUUUGGAGAUUGAGAAGUUGGGUUGA